AUGAUUAGUGAAUUUUUGACAGAAGAAUAUGGCCGACUUAAACUAAACUCACAGCAGCAUCAAGAAAACCCAUCCAUAGCUGAAGAAGCUCGAGUCUAUCUUCAACCGGGAAAAGAUCGGGACGGGUACUGGACGAGUGAGAAUUUAGUCGAACAAGUGAAAACGAAGGCUAUACCGAUCUUUGAAACCGUAUUUCCAAACUGUAUUGCCUUGUUUGCAUUCGAUAAUAGUUCGAACCAUGCGGCAUACAGAUCUGAUGCACUCGUGGCAAGUCGGAUGAACCUAAAACCUGGGGGUAAGCAACCGAAAAUGCGAGACACGGUUUUUGGACCAGACAACUGCCAUCAAUCAAUGGUCAAUGAAAAAAACGAGCCUAAAGGGAUGAAACAGGUGUUAAUCGAACGUGGAUUAUGGAAAGAUGGAUUAAGUGCUGACUGUAACUUAUGCAAGGAUAAGGUUGAUGAUAUAAAUCGGACGGACUGUUGUGCACGGCGAAUCGUUUCAUUACAGCCGGAUUUUUUAUCACAAAAAAGCGCGUUAGAAGAAGUCAUACUGGAAGCUGGGCAUAAAUGUAUUUUUUACCCGAAGUUCCACUGCGAACUGAAUUAUAUCGAGCGAUACUGGGGUGCGGCGAAAAGAUAUGCUCGAGAGAAUUGCGACUAUUCUUGGUCAGGCUUGCAACGUGUCGUUCCUACAGCCUUGGAAUCCGUUGAUACGAUUACAAUAAGAAGAUUCGCUAGGAAAGCAUGGCGCUAUAUGGAUUUGUAUAGGAAUGGAAUCACUG